AAAUAAAGGCAAAAAAUAGCCGAUCUUUCAAUUAUUGCCGUUAAUUUUAGCCUCUAGCAGGGUGGUCCAGGGGAUGGUCGUGUCUGUUGGUUUGUCCACCAUUUUGGUUCAGACUGGGAUAUCUCGACACACACAGACAGAUGAAUCCGACAAACUUUGGUGACUCUUUGACUUUUCAUGUCGUGCCACUAUCAGGUCACAGUUUUGACUCGUUCAGUGACAUGUCCUAACGCCUACACGAUGGACUGUCACAAGGAUGUUCAUGGUUCCCUGACGACAUAUCGCAAAUUGUCCUUGGCUUGUCAUCUAGCGCCAUCACCAGGAGGGCUGGAGCUGGAUGAGCUGCCGGUUAAAAAGCGCGCUGAUGACGCCGCGGAGGAGGUUUCACCAACAGGACUUUCUCUUCUUCUUGUCGGUUUCCUGUUGGACGCCAAACAAACAGCGAGAGAGACAGACAGUCAAAAGUUUCCAGCCCGACAACCCCACCCCCCACCCCCACAUCCACGACUCUGUAGCUCUUAACCAGACGCAUCCUCAAGUCAGAUCUGCGGAGAGAAACCAGCUGUCAGCCCCCCUGAGCCCUGCACAGUCCUUCCGCUAGGAUCCACCGGCGGUUUAGGACACAGAGUAACCGCUUUUAGCACCUCCGAACUGGACAAACGCUGUCAGCCCAGACAGAAGAUCAGUUCCAGGUUACCACCACCCAGGGAACAAUGAAGAUGCUGCUGUCUCUGGUAAUCGUUCAGCUGCUCUUGGCACCAGCGCUCAUGGUGCCCAGCGUGGAUUACUGGGACUCGUGGGGUCCUUAUGGAGAAUGCAGCCGUAGCUGUGGCGGCGGUGUGACCAUGAGAACCAGGCGUUGUAUCACCCACAGGACUGAUGGAGGACACAACUGUGUGGGUCCAGACAAGUCUUACCGCUCCUGCAACAUCCAGGACUGUCCAGAGGGAUCCAAGGAUUUCCGUGAAGAGCAGUGCUCCCAGUUUGACGGGACUGACUUCCAGGGGAAACGCUACAAGUGGCUCCCGUAUUACGGAGCUGAGAACCCCUGUGAGCUGAACUGCAUGCCGAGGGGAGAAAACUUUUUCUACCGCCACCGCAGCACUGUGGUCGAUGGAACACCCUGCCACCCUGGGCGGAGGGACGUUUGUGUGGAUGGCGUCUGCAAACGUCUGGGCUGUGACAACAUGCUGGAGUCUCCUCAGCAGGAAGACCCCUGUCUGCAGUGUGGGGGUAAUGGACGGUCCUGCUACCGCGUCAAGAACAGCUUCUCUGUACGCGACCUGCCGACCGGCUACAACCAGAUGUUCAUCAUCCCUGUGGGAGCCACCACCAUCAGCAUCAGAGAAUCAGUGGCCACACGAAACUACCUUGCUAUCAAGAACCUGCGUGGUGAGUACUACCUCAAUGGCCACUGGGUAAUUGAGUUUUCCAGGGCGACACCCAUUGCUGGAACCAUGCUGUACUACCAGCGAGGAGCUGAGGGUGACAGCGUGCCCGAGACCAUCAUCGGCCGCGGCCCCACCACUGAACCCCUCGUUGUUGAGCUGAUCAGCCAGGAGCCAAACCAAGGAGUGGAGUAUGAGUAUUAUCUUCCCAAUGGACGCUCCAGAGAGGGCUACUACUGGAGCUUUGGAUCCUGGUCUGCCUGCAGCAGAGAGUGUGGAUCAGGCUACCAGUCUCGUCUGGUCUUCUGCACCAUUGAUAACGAGGCCUACCCUGACUAUCUCUGUGCAUCUCUACCGAGGCCACAGACCAAUCGUACAUGCAACCCCCAUCUGUGUCCACAGACCCGCAGCUGGAGAACCGGUGAGUGGAAUACCUGCUCGGUCACCUGCGGUGGAGGCUCUCAGGUGCGCAGAGUGGAAUGCAUUUCCCAUGAUGACACCGGCCCCCGUGUGGUGGAAGACGCCAUUUGUGCCGCCUACGCCGAGGCACCCCCGUCUCUGCAGACCUGCAACAUGCACAAGUGUGCUGAGUAUCGUACGACAAGAUGGAGCGCGUGCUCUGUGACCUGUGGUUCAGGUGAACAGACCAGAGAAGUCACCUGUGUUGGCUCAGGAGGAAUGAGGCUGGAGGAAACGUCCUGCAGCACUUUGCUCCGCCCGUCCGCUGUCCGACCCUGUGAGAUGGCGACCUGCCCGAGACAGAUCAGCUGGCAGGUCGGAGAGUGGGGCCUGUGCUCGAGGAGCUGUGGCUCUGGCUCACGAGACCGGCAGGUGAUCUGCUCAGACCAAGAGAGGAACCUGUACGCUGUGGAUCAAUGUAGCGCCCACCCAAAACCAACCACAGUGGAGCGCUGCAACACCCAGCCGUGCUACAGGCCACAGGAGGUUCCCAGCAUUCAGGACCCACGAGGACACGGGAGCACACAGACUGUGUUCCAGCCCUAUGAGCCGGACCACUCAACAGCCCACAGGCCUGAGACCGAUCCGACCCAGACGAACACGGUCCACGACCCUCACAGCUCUGCCCCAGCCCUCCACUGCAGCCAGUCCUAUUAUGGCUGUUGCCCAGACGGACGCACCGCAGCCGGGGGCCCCCACGGUCUGGGCUGCCCACAGGCCCCGGCUUCUGCUCCUGUCCAGCCAUCCUGCAUUCAGACCAGUUAUGGCUGCUGUCAAGAUGGCGUGACGGCUGCUCAGGGUCCCAACAAGGAGGGCUGUGUGGAGUUUGUGGCCCCUGCACCCACUGCUUCUCCUCUUCCCACUGAGAAUGCAGUACAGUGCCGUACCACCACCUACGGCUGCUGUUAUGACCGCACCACACCUGCAGGAGGUCCCAACGGGGAGGGCUGCCCCAACCCGCCCAACAACAUUGAGCGCUCUAUCUGCUCCCUGCCUCGUGCUGCCGGCUCCUGCAGCAGCUGGACGUCGCGCUACCACUACGACGUCAUCGCCUCCAAGUGUGUGCACUUCUGGUACGGAGGUUGCCACGGCAACAGCAACAACUUCAUGACCCGGGCUGAGUGUCAGAGGGCGUGCCAGGCUGCCACACCGAGCCAGCAGGGCCCGGGACAGGUCGUUCCUGCUGGAGGGUCAACCCCAAGAAGAGAAUCUACUCCUGGACUCGCCUCAUCUGGAGCAGACACCGCAUCGGCAGGAGGAUCUAGAUCAGGUGGAUCCACCUCUGGAGGGUCAACAGGCGCAGGGUCACGCAACAUGGGGAGGAUUUUCACUGUCCAGGGAGGCUCGACCGGCAGACAGGCCACGAGUGCCGCCACGCAUGCCCACAGAGGAAGAUUCCAUGUGCGCGUCCGCCGGCCUUCUCCCGCCGCUGCUGCACAGCACACCGGUCCAGCAGCGAGUCUGACCCUGGGACAAGUGACCAUCGAUAAGAGUGACCCGUCUACGGUGGAAGCUUUAGUUGGCCAGACUGUUGUACUGCCCUGCAGAGUGAGCCCACCACCCUCUUCCACUGUCAUUGUGGACUGGAGAAGAGAUGGCAUCCCUCUGUCUACUCACAGGCAUCACCAGCAGCCCAACGGUUCGCUGUUAGUGGGUCCUCUCAUUAAGUCGGACUCUGGUUGGUUCUUGUGUGUGGCUACUCGGGAACAGGAGAGAGACCACCGCUACAUUUACCUGUCUGUCACAGAGGGAUCGUCUCCGCUGAGUCCCACCUCACUGCCCAGAGACGGCCCUUUCCCUCGGUUCAGUAUCGAGCGGUCGAGCUCAUCUUUGCUGGAAAUGCGAUCAGGGCAAACUGCCAGACUUCCCUGCUUGAUUGUGCCUCCAUCUGCACGACCGUCUGUCCACAUCCAGUGGACUAAAGACGGACGGGUCAUCAGUGACUCCAGGCACACACAACCUUCAGACGGCACGCUGGUCAUCAGCUCUCUGAAGUCUGAGGACUCUGGUGUUUACACCUGUACAGCCUCCAGUCAGCAGCAGCUGGAGCAGAGACAGCUUCAGCUCAAAGUCCUAAUGGACCUGAGAAUCACCACAGCUCCCAAUAACAUCCAGGUGUCUGAAGGCAGCACUGCUCUGCUCCCCUGUGUGGUGUCAGGAGACAACGUCAAUAUAGGCUGGUCCAGAAACGGCGUGCCGGUGCGUCCAGACGGUCGUAACAUCCUGAUGUCCUCUGAUGGCAGCCUGAUCCUGAAUAACGUGAAGCCUUCAGAUGAAGGAACUUACACCUGUAACGCUUACACCGGCAUCUACUCUGUGAGUGCCACGGCUGAAGUCAGAGUCAUUAAAGACACACAACAAGGUACUGAUGUGCCGCCUGACUGCGUGGACCAGCCGGAGCUCGCCAACUGCGAGCUGAUAGUUUACGCCCGACUUUGCACCAACUCGUACUACUCCAGCUUCUGCUGUGCCAGCUGUGCCAGGCAUUCGCAGAGGAACGACAGGUUUGGUCGGCUGGGCUGAAAGCUGCAGAUGUUUCAGAAACUCUUGGGUGGCGGGAAGGCGGUCGGGCGGGCGGGGGGGGGGGUGAGAGAGGAAGGCAGCGUUUGAAGCGUUUUGGAGGAUUGCAUUUCGAAAACCUGAACUUCUGCAAUUGCCAAAAUCAACAGUUCAAGUAUGCAAUGAAAAAGGGAGACGGAUUUCUGUAGACGUAGAUGCUGUGAACCAGGAGUUUGCAGAUUUGUUCAGGGAGUCUCUUCUAUUACACUGCUGCAUUAAACACUGAAUAUGGAAGCAUUAAAAUGGGGCCUCAAAACUAAAUGUGUCGUUGAACCUACGAUGUGAUGAAGCAAAAGUCAAACUUUCUGCCACAUCUUUAAGAUAAGUUAUUUUACUCACUGGACCUACUGAACGUGUUCUCUGUUUUCUAGAGAAUUCUGACGGUUUUACUUUCAGGUCAUUUAAAGAGUUUAACAUGUAAACCCGUCACUUGUGACUUCAUCUCCACUGUGCUGUUUUGACCACUUUUUUAAAUCUAUAUUUUGGCAUGUCACUUAUGAAAAAGUUCUACUGUUUUAUUUUUAUGUAAUUUUUUUGAUAAUAAAAAUAAUAUUUUGAUAAAAGCUCCGUGGUGGUUUCAAUAAGUGAAUCCAGCACGGCUUGAUGUUCCAGUUUGUGCCACAAGGUGUCGCUCACGGUGACAAAAGUCUCAUUCAGCUGCUUUAUACUGAACUUUCUCGUUUUUUGUAUUUAGAGGCUGAACUGUGUUGACUGACUAUUGGAAACGAAUCAGUGAUGUCUCUCAGAUCACAUGACAGUCCUGGAUGUCUUUAAGUUACUGUCUCCCAUCGUGUUUGAGUGACAGUCUGUCUCAGGCGGACAUGUUGCUGUUGAUUUCUCAGCAGCGUGAAUCAGGCUGCUGAUGUAACACAGGUGGUUUGUUACGCUCAGUGUUGAACAGCAACUUCAUUUAUUUUAAAUGUUUAAGGCUAUUGAAGACGGAAGCACAGGAUACAGUCGGAAGAAAUAUUUAAAUUCAGCAGCAUAAGACAUUUAAAUGAAUGACAAUAAAAAACUGUAUGCAACACAAUACUUAGAUGUGACUUGACUCAAGCAUCUUGUUGGUAUUGCUGUAUAUUUUAUAUUUACACAUAUUUAUAACGACCCCUGAAACGUCUUCCUUGCGGUAGCUGCUGAAGAACACGUUUGUACGUUUCUUUACUGGAGCCAUCACAAUAAAUUAUGUAUUUUAUACUUCUAA